ACAAAGAAAUAUCACUCUGUUUUCUCUCUGCUUUUUCAUUUUCUCUUGGUGUGUGUUUGACUCUCAUUUGAUCUACGAAAAUGCUGGCCGUGUUCGACAAAUCGGUGGCGAAGAGCCCGGAGGCUCUGCAAAGCCCUGAAUCGGGAUCAGUCUCUGCUCUCAAAGAUGGGUUCUUGGCCCAACACUUCGGCUCCGUCCACCCUUCUUCAGUCACCGUCAAUCUUGGCUCUUCCGGCCUCUUUGCCUAUUCCAACGACAAGCAAAACCCUCUGCUCCCCAGGCUGUUUGCGGUUGUGGAUGACAUUUUCUGCCUGUUCCAAGGCCAUAUUGAGAAUGUCGCUCUUCUCAAGCAACAAUAUGGAUUGAACAAGACAGCCAAUGAGGUGAUCAUUGUUAUUGAAGCGUACCGAACUUUGAGAGAUCGUGGUCCUUAUCCUGCUGAUCAGGUUGUGAGAGAUAUCCAAGGGAAGUUUGCUUUUAUUCUCUACGACACUACUUCAAAGGUCUCGUUUGUAGCUGCUGAUGUUGAUGGCAAUGUUCCUUUCUUCUGGGGAACUGAUUCUGAAGGCAAUCUUGUUAUUGCUGAUGAUGCAGAAGUUGUGAAGAAGGGCUGUGAGAAGUCAUUUGCACCAUUUCCUAAAGGAUGUUUCUUCACAUCCUCUGGAGGCCUGAGGAGUUUUGAGCACCCCCAUAAUGAGUUGAAGGCAGUGCCAAGGGUGGAUAGUUCCGGUCAGGUGUGCGGUGCAACUUUCAAGGUUGAUGCUGAGGCUAGGAAGGAGUCUAGUGGAAUGCCCAGAGUUGGGAGUGCUGCUAAUUGGUCUUCAGAUUAUUGAGUUCAAAACAAAUUCCUCUGGCAAGGCUCUUGCUAUUUAGUAGGCCUUGAAGUAGUUCUGAUCGGACUUUUUCUGAUGUAUACUAUGGCAGCUACCAAAGUUUAUAUUGUUCAUGCAAGUGAGACGUGAUUAUUACAUGUUUCUUUAAGUCUGAGCCAAAAGGCCAUAAUCAUAUGGCAAAUAACUACAAAUAAUAUUGCAUACAGGAGGACUUGCUGAUA